UCUCUCUUACGGUAUAUAUAAAUAAAAACUAAAGUGAGAGUUCAGUCAGGUGUAACUGCCAAACAUGGCUCCUGCUUUUGUAAUUACCGGCGACUCCGCUCGGGCCAGCGGUCGCUUUGCUUCUGUUUACAGCGAAGUCCAAUCCUGCCGUAUCAAUCACGCGCUCCCUCUACCUUCUGUCCUAAAACACCCUUUCAAAAUCGUCGACGGCACUCGUAGUUCCGCCGCCGGCAAUCCUGAUGAGAUAGCGAAGCUGUUUCCCAAUCUCUUUGGGCAACCAUCAGCAAAGUUGGUGCCAAACGAUGUGGACACGUUGAGUUCAGAUCAGAAGUUGAAGAUCGCUGUGGUUUUGUCCGGUGGACAAGCACCUGGUGGUCAUAAUGUUAUUUCUGGCAUCUUCGAUUAUUUGCAGGAUCGGGCGAAAGGAAGUGUAUUGUAUGGGUUUAAGGGAGGUCCAGCUGGGAUCAUGAAGUGCAAAUAUGUUGAAUUGAAUGCCGACUAUAUCUAUCCUUACAGAAACCAGGGUGGUUUUGAUAUGAUCUGCAGUGGAAGAGACAAAAUUGAAACGCCUGAGCAGUUCAAACAAGCUGAAGAAACAGUAAAGAAACUUGACUUGGAUGGGCUUCUUGUUAUUGGUGGGGAUGACUCAAACACAAAUGCUUGCCUCCUUGCUGAAGACUUCUGGGUUAAAGGUUUGAAAACUCGGGUGAUGGGAUGCCCAAAAACCAUUGAUGGUGAUUUGAAAUCCAAGGAGGUUCCUACCAGUUUUGGAUUUGAUACUGCUUGCAAGAUAUAUUCAGAAAUGAUUGGAAAUGUCAUGAUUGAUGCUCGAUCAACUGGAAAAUAUUAUCAUUUUGUCCGGCUUAUGGGACGGGCAGCUUCACACAUUACAUUGGAGUGUGCCUUGCAAACUCAUCCGAACAUCACCAUCAUUGGAGAAGAGGUUGCUGCAAAGCAGCUGACACUGAAAAAUGUUACAGAUUACAUAGUUGAUAUAAUCUGUAAACGUUCUGAUCUUGGAUAUAACUAUGGCGUGAUUCUUGUUCCUGAAGGUUUAAUUGAUUUCAUUCCUGAGGUUCAGUACCUUAUAGCGGAACUAAAUGAAAUUUUGGCACAUGAUGUGGUAGAUGAAGACGGGCUGUGGAAAAAGAAACUUACAAAUCAAUCCUUGCAGCUUUUUGAAUUUUUGCCACCAGCAAUUCAAGAACAAUUGAUGCUUGAAAGAGAUCCACAUGGAAAUGUCCAGGUUGCCAAAAUUGAGACAGAGAAAAUGCUUAUUCAAAUGGUUGAGACUGAGUUGGAGAAGAGGAAGCAGCUAGGUCAAUACAAUUGCAUUUUCAAAGGACAGUCCCACUUCUUUGGGUAUGAAGGAAGAUGUGGUUUGCCAACAAACUUUGAUGCUACAUAUUGCUAUGCUUUGGGUUAUGGUGCUGGAGCUCUCCUUCAUAGUGGAAAAACUGGGCUGAUAUCGUCGGUUGGGAAUUUGGGCGCUCCUGUUGCAGAAUGGACUGUUGGUGGGACUGCGUUGACUUCUUUGAUGGACGUGGAGAGGAGACAUGGUAAAUUCAAGCCUGUGAUCAAGAAGGCAAUGGUGGAACUCGAAGGUGGUCCUUUCAAAAAAUUUGAAUCCCUGAAGAAUGAGUGGGCAAUCAAUAAUCGCUACAUUAGUCCUGGUCCCAUCCAAUUCAUAGGCCCAGGAUCAGAUGCCAUUAGUCACACUUUACUACUGGAAUUGGGAGCUCAUGCUUAGGCAUAUGGAUUGGUGCAAACUUAUGUUCUUCAAGACCUGAAAAGUUUCCUGGCCAUGCAUGAGAUCCUCUUUUCGUUUUCCUGGUUUUUGAUGCUGUCAUCAGAGUUAAGAGUUGUGGAUUUUGUGUGUUUUUAUUGGAUGAUGGUCCUUGGAAAAGGCGGCUCUACAUACAUCAACUGCACUUGUAAAAUAUGAAGCUUGUGAUGUAGUCUUUUCUCACUAAAAUUAUAGUUCUAAAGAAAUGUUUCUUGGAAAAAGAAAUAUGCUUCCAAUCC